CAGAAGAACGACAGCAGGAAAAGCUGCAGCAGCAACAGGCUGGCGGAGAAACGGCUGGAUCCUGGUGAACCGGAAUGGAGAAGGUGAUCAGCUGCUUCCGGUGGAGACCGGAAGCUGUGACCAGGCUCAUCUGCUUCCCCUGGGCAGGCGGGGGCUCCAUCCACUACGCCCGCUGGGGGACCGUCCUGAACAGCUCCGUGGAGGUGUUUGCGGUGAAGCUGCCGGGCCGGGAGAACCGAGCCAGGGAACCGUUCUUUGACAACAUGCAGCAGAUCGUGGAUGAAGUCAUCUCGGCUCUGCUGCCGCUGCUGAAGGAGAAACCGUUUGCUAUGUUUGGCCACAGUUUUGGAGCUCUCACCAGCUUUGCUGUUGCAGAAGAUCUGAAGAAAGUUCACAACUUGGAGCCGGUCCACAUGUUCCUGUCUGGAGCUUCAGCUCCACAUUCUGAAACUCGCCUUAAGGCUCCAAAACGAAGCGAGUUAUCGGACGGCGAGUUCCUCCGGUGGCUGGCGUCCGUCGGGGGAACGCCGCCGGAGCUGCUGGCGAACCCCGACGUUGUGAGGCUCUUCCUGCCGGCCCUGAAGGCCGACCUGCGCGUUGCGGAGAACUACAGGUGUUCAGAACCAGACGGUCCGGUUCUGUCCUGUCCCGUUACGUGUUUCGACGGAAAGGAGGACGUCCCUCACGACUUACAGGCUUGGAGGAAGGUGACAUCUGGAGAUUUCACCGUCAGGAUGUUUGACGGCUCUCACUUCUACCUGAAGGAUGCUGGGAACGAAAAGAUCCUGCUGGGCUUCAUCACAAACACUCUGGAAGCUGCAGAAAUGCAUUAUUUAUGACUAAAGUGGCUACUAUAUAGUUUGUAAAAAAUGUUUCUCAGAAAAUGUCUACUUGUGAGUUCAUACAAUAUGACAAGCAAAACAAAGAGGUUGAAAAUCAGACGACAUUUUAUGUGAAUCCAGUUAAACUGAACAGGUUUGGUUUUAGGUUUGAUUUACAGGAACUUGGUGCUUCAGCUGUUCUGCAGUUUAAAAUACAGACAACACAUCACCAGGAUGUUAAACUCAUUUGCAAUAAACCCAAGAUUAUGGGUUAGCACCAGAAAAACUGGAGAGAUUGUUUGAUAUACAUUUCUGUCUGGAGUCCAGAGGGCCACCUGGAAAGCUAUGGUGGGCCAGAUUUGGCCCCCAGGCCUUGAGUUUGACACACAUGUUCUACAGCUUGCUCCCACCAUUCUCCUGAAAAUGUUGGUACCUCCGUCUACGUCCUUUAACGAGGCGGUAUCAUGUAUUUUCCAGACAUGGUGUCAUUGCAGAGCACAGUCAAGUAAUUACGUUAACCUCAGUUGUUAUAAAAAUGCUAAACAUGACUUAAAAUAAAUCUUACUUCCUGAUUUAACGCCUUGAA